CACUCUUUCCUCUUCCUAUUCUCAUUCAAUCCACCAUGGCGUGGAUCAGAGGCCCGACCCUCGGCCGUGGCUCUUCUGCCACCGUCUCCCUCGCUAUGGAUCGUCAGUCUGGUGAGGUUUUCGCCGUGAAGUCUGUAGAGCUCUCGAGAUCGGAGUUCUUACAAAGGGAGCAGAGGAUUCUUUCUCGGCUCAAGUUUCCUCGCAUAGUUGGGUACCGUGGCUGCGACGUUACAAAUGAGAUUGGUCAGCUUUUCUACAAUCUCUUCAUGGAGUAUGUCUCCGGUGGCACCCUCACUGACGCAAUUCAACAACAAGGUGGUCGCCUCGACGAGUCUGCGAUCCAGUCUCACACGCAAGCGAUUCUGCAGGGGUUGGAUUAUAUGCACUCUCGCGGUCUCGUGCAUUGUGACAUUAAGGGUCGGAAUGUCUUGGUUGGACAAAAUGGAACCAAAAUUGCAGACUUGGGUUGCGCGAGAUGGGUCGGAGAACAGCCUCCGGCGAUGCCGAUUGCAGGGACCCCUGUUUUCAUGGCACCUGAAGUGGCUCGAGGUGAUGAACAGGGUUUUCCUGCCGACGUCUGGGCUCUUGGGUGUACUGUAAUUGAGAUGGCAACAGGACGUCCUCCAUGGCCGGAUGUUGCAGACCCGGUCUCUGCACUUCACCGGAUCGCAUUCUCCUCUGAUCUGCCUGAUUUCCCUAAUUUCCUGUCAGAGGAAGCAAAAGACUUUUUGGGCAAGUGUCUUAGGAGAGAUCCAAAUGAGCGAUGGCCGGCUCAUGAGCUUCUGAAACACCCAUUUCUCGAAGAGGGUAUUGGCGUACAAUUGAAUUUGAAGCGAAUUCAGGGUUCUACCUCCGCAACUUCUCCCAUGAGCAUAUUCGAUCAAGGAUUCUGGGAAUCGGUGGAGGAAUCUGAAACAGAGACAGAAGAAGUGGCACCACUUCAAAUGCCCAACCAAUUAGGAUUAGGAUUGGGUGGUUCUUCUUCAAAUUCUCCGACAGAAAGAAUCCGGCGGUUGAUUCAAUGGUUCCCAUCUUCUUCUCCAACCCCAAUGUUACCUGAUUGGACAUGCGACAAAGAUUGGGUCACAAUCAGAUGUAACAAAAACCACGCAGAACACGCGGAAACUAGUGGAUCGUCAUAUACAGACUUGAUUAGUGAAGAAGAAGAGUUGGAAUUACUUGGAAGAAGCAGCAGCAGUAGCUCCAUUCACUACUCUGUAAAUAGUAAUAACUUUAGUAGUAGCAAUCAGGGAAGCUUGUCUAUAGCUUGUAAAUGCGUUGGAGAUGUUGGUGUAAUUAGCAAUCCCUACAAUGAGCGUCCAAGGGAAAAGAAAUUUUUAUCUCUAAACAAAUAUCAUAUUUUCUAA